GUGGUUUUCAAAGUUCCUUGCCUGGUUGAUUGUCACAUUGGGGAGAAGAAUUUAUAAGCAUGCAGCAAUUGGCUAAUCAGCAAAGGAUGUGUGGAUUGGAUUAAGGUUUGUGGAUUGCAUUACUACUCCACAAGGAAAUGCAAAAUGAGGAGUUAGUUACAUCAGAAUUGGGAGUGAAGGCAGAAGGGAGGAAAAAAAACCCGAUGCGUCAGUCUUACGUCUUCUGAGUGACAGGCUUUCCUGCCUAUCUCAUGCUUAAUUCAGUGUUUUAAAAAUAGCCUCCAGAUGUUUAUAAUUGGAUAGCCACAGAGCAAGAACAGCCCAUCUGAGCAAAUAGGACUGUGAGAAAAGACACAGCGAGAUCUAAGGAGCAGACGCCAAAAGACAGCAGAAGAAGAAUCCGGACAAUUGGUGGGCAAGAGGAAGGUUUUGUGCAGGUCGAAGAAAUAGCUCGGUAGGGUGUCUAGAGGAAUGUUGCACCACGUAUAGGUGUGACCUCAGAGGCCAGGGAAAGUGAAGAGAGAAUAUUUGUGGAUCUAUGGGGUACAGGAAGAAGAUUUCAUAGAAGGAGCAGGAAGAGAGGCAUUGGCAAAAAAAAUCUGGGUAAGUCAAGGAAUCCCUUCAGUGGAGUAGGAAAUAGGAGAAGAAAGAUUCCUUGGAAGCACUGCGAUUUCAGGCUAGAAGGCUGCCGUAUCUCUUGGUCCUUCUGUUAUCACAAGUAUUUCACAGCCAACUUAAGUACUAGCAAAUUAUUUAUUGGCUCUAGAAGACUGCAUUGAUUGUUAAGCACAUCUCAACAGCUUCUUGGAAAGUUGUUUAGAUCCAAAUCACUGGCUUCUUGGAAAGCUGAAGACAAUAGCUACUACAAUGGAGAUUGGAUUGACCUUUGACAGGGAGAGCCAAUUACAAUCAACUUCUAAAGAGACUUACCAUUCUACAAAUGCAACUGAACUACCAAGUUUAGUGCAUUGUGGGAAUACCGAACAACUGCUCCAUCAGAUGACAUCACAGGAAGGUCCUCCCAAAACAUCUCAAUGCUGGAAAAAUGCUGGGAAUGGGUCAUCCCUUGUGGUCACUCAAGUAUUGCAAUCAAUGAGCAGCCAGUCAUGUACAGAUGCCACAAACUGUGAAAAGCUGCAAUCUAAUGAAACAGAUAGUCCUUUGAAGAGCUCAGAGCUAGCAACUUCAUCUGAAGAGGUUGUGGCGGGUGCGGAUACUGUUCCUGAGGUUGUGCCACCCUUGUUCUUUCCACUGAAAAACACAUGGAUGCUUCAACUCCACUUAGAGGAUGACAUUGAAGACUACCUGGAGGGAUUUGAGUCCGUGGCCUACACCAACCGCUGGCCCAAGGCAGAGUGGGUUGCUAAACUGAAGCCAUAUCUGAGCCGCAAAGCUCUUCUAGCCUGCAACAUCUUGGAACGUAGUCUUGCUAAUGACUAUGAUGUGGUCAAAGAGCGCAUCCUGCACCAAUAUGGUAUCACAAGUGAAAUGCAACGCCAGUGCUUCAGGCAGUUCCGAUACCAGGAAGCCAAAGGCCCCCAAGAAACCUGCCAAAUUCUCCAGGCCCUUGGACAGCGCUGGUUGAAGCCGGAAAGGCACACCAAAAAGCAGAUUUUGGAGUUACUAAUACUGGAGCAGUUUCUCACCAUCCUGCCCCCAGAAAUACAAGAUUGGGUUCGAGGAUGCUGUCCAAAGACUUGUGCUCAGGCUGUGGAUCUUGUUGAAAGUUUCCAGCUGGGAAAUGAGCCACCAGUGCCAUUCAAAGACAUUGAUGUGAAGUUCUCCAAUGAAGAGUGGGCUUUGCUAACUGAGGAGCAACGAGCCCUGUAUGAUGAUGUCACGCAGGAGAACUUUCAGAAUCUGUCCACUCUGGGAAUUCCUCUGGAGAAACCUGAGAUAAUCACCCGGACACAGCAAGGGGGAGAUCUGUAUUUUCAGAAUAAUACUAUCAAUUCUCCAAAAGUUCAAUUCAUAGGAAGCCAACUGUCACCAACUGUUAUCCAAGGGGUGGGAAAACAUUCUUUUUUGAAGAGAGCCACAAAGACAGUUAAGGUACAAGACAUCACAAUGGAAGUACCUCAGCACAGUGUGAGUCUAGGGGAAACACUUGUCAAAGAGCCAUCUUCUAACUCUAUAAAAGAGGCUGCGACAUCAGUGCCCUCGACUAGUACUCUCCCCCUAAAAAAGCCAUUGAUUUCCACAAAGCAUAAAUCUUCCAAAAGAAGGAAGCAUCAGCCACCCAGAACAGAGGAGUUGUCUUCCACAAAAGGUAGGCCUCAACCAUCAUUGCUGCAGGAAACAUCUGGAAAAAAGGAACCAGGAAGCCAAAUUUUGACUGCCAAAGCUGGUAAACAAAAGAAGACUCUGGUUCCUCAGGGUGCUAGAUCAUCACAGCUGAAGAAGCCAACUGCAUCAGUAGGGCAGCACCCCAAAGAGAAGAAGAAAUCUAAAGUUCCGAGUGAACCACCCAUGUUGAACAAGGAAACCCUCUUGGGUGAAAAUAUUGUCCAGGACAAAGAGCAUCAGCUGGCAUUUCUGGAAGUAAAAGUCAACGAAGCCCCUCUCCCGGUCACCACGUGGAAUCCUCCUUUCAGUGCCACUGUAGUCUCCGAUCUCACAUGCCUGGAUUGCGGACGGUCCUUCAAGCAGAGGUUUGACCUGCGCCAACACCGGUAUGUCCAUACCCGGGAGAAGCCAUAUGCCUGCACGUUGUGUGAAAAGUGUUUUAGGCAUCCAAGCAAUUUACAUAUCCAUUUGCGGACGCAUAGCGGGGAACGGCCCUAUCAGUGUCCCGAGUGUGGGAAGGCUUUUUCCCAAAGUUGCAACCUUCGGACUCAUUGCAAGAUCCAUACGGGUAACAAGCCAUACAAAUGCUUUGUCUGUGGAAAGUCCUUCUGCCAUAGCUCCAAUCUCACCAUCCAUCAGCGAGUACACACUGGAGAGCGUCCUUAUCCUUGCUCGGUUUGCUCCAAACGUUUCAGUGACAGGUCUACCCUGGUGCAGCAUGAACGGACCCACACAGGUGAGAGGCCCUAUGCUUGUGUGGUCUGUGGACAGAGGUUCAGCCAGAUAUCUCACCUCAUGAAGCAUGGCCGCAUGCAUCCAGAUACCAGUGACCCAGCAGGGCCCACUGAAGAGCCAUCUUCCAACACAUCCGAAAGGGUCUUCACGCCACCUCGUGGAAAAGCCUCUAGCUGCUUUGCUAAAGGGGUCGCGUCCGUGUCAGAGGAAGACACGGGACGGCGAUCUCUGAUCGCUUCGUUGGCCAGCCCGGAGCUCAUGGUAGCUGGCAAUGGUCGUGAUAACCUUCACGAGGCCCUCCGAGAGAAUCUGCAGCAGAGACACAGCUGCUCCAUUGGUAGCUCUUCGGGCCACAAAAUGGCGGCACAGCAAAACCCAAACAAGAUGGCUGCUCUUUCAAAAGAGGUAGAGGACAUGAGAUGUCCAUUGCAGGUCCCAGUGAAAAUAGAAACUCCAUGCCAAGUAAAUAACAGUGCAAAAGAGAGAGAAGGAAAUAGCCCUGCCAUCAUUCCAUCUGCAACCAGUGAAGAUUUCACAAGAGCAGUGUCCAGGGUGAAGCAAGAGCUGGCCGAAGAGCCACCACAGAGCUGGGAGUGUCAGUGGCAAAGGGUGCUAGAGGUGGUGCCUGCUCCCUUCAUCACUCCAGUCUGGGACAGCCUGCAGUUGCCUCCUUUGACUCAGGGGGGCAGCACCGAGGCCUACCUGGCCACCUUCGAGCGUGUGGCGGAUGCUUCCCAAUGGCCACGGGAAGAGUGGGUGACUCACCUUGUGCCAGUCCUUAGUGGACAAGCUCAGCAGGCCUAUUUCAGCCUAGAUGCAAAAGACAAAGCUGAUUAUGGGAAGGUGAAAGUGGCCAUUCUGAGGCUGGAUGACUACCUCGCCAUCGAGGCACACCGCCAGCGUUUCAGGCAUUUCUGCUACCAAGCUGCUGAUGGGCCUCGGAUGGCAUGUCAGCAACUGCAGCAGCUCUGUCAUUGCUGGCUGAGGCCUGAAGGCCAGAGCAAGGAGCAAAUCCUGGAUCUGCUCAUCUUGGAGCAGUUCCUUGUCAUACUUCCACAGGAAAUGCAGGACUGGAUUAGGGAGCGCGGUCCGGAGACGUGCGAUCGAGCGGUGGCCUUGGCAGAGGAAUACCUGCAGGAGCAGCAGGAGACAGAGAAAUGGGCCCAACAGGUAGCUGUACCAAUUGAGAUGGUGAUAGUUAAUUCUCCGACUGUAGAUCAGGCCCAGACAGAAGCAAAAUAUCUCCACAAAGAAAUCCAACAGGUUGACAAUGAAAAUAGUAUUUCUCAAGAAGGCAGUUUUGCCAGAAUGGGAACAAAGGAUCUGCACCAGGGAGAGAUGGAGGCAGAGGAACGAGGAUGGAGGUCUCCUGAAUUCGGGGAGGUCCUUUUCCCAAAAAGCAGUGAUCUUCCCAGAAGAUCACAUGUGAGCAAGUGUGAUUCAGAAAGGCCACAGAAAGGCAGCCUUUCCACAAGAAUGAUUAAGGAUGAAGUGUUUGGGGGAGUUCCAACCGACCUUGAAACGAAACGACAUCUGUGUAAGGAAUGUGGGAAAAGGUUUCGGAAGAAGUGGGAUCUCAUCAGGCAUGAAAGGAUCCACACGGGAGAGAAGCCUCACCAGUGCACGUACUGUGGAAGGAGGUUCACACGGCGUUCACAUGUUGUGAAUCACCAGAGACGCCACUCGUGCCAAGGAAGAUCUUGACAAAAGGAUCUACCGCUUCCAGUCUGAGCAACAGAUUGAGAAGUCCUGUAUGACGGGGGAAUAAAGGUAGUUCGGUUUGUGUCCUGCAGGGCUUGGAAACUAGACCAAGGGUAGGAGUGAUGUGG